CAGACGAGGGGGGCCAUCCCUACAAAGAGGGAGCAGGGAGGAGAAACAGCAGACAAGGACAGAGAGAGUGACUGAGAGAAGCUAGAGGGAGAGAGAGAGAGCACGUCUGAGAGAGAGAGGGUCUGCAUGCAGACUGCCCAGGACAGCAGGCGCACGAGAGCUUUUUUCAAGUGACUUCAUCACAAUUGCAACAGCAGAGGAGAUGCUCAUAUGAGGAGAGCAAGUGACUCAGAAUUACUCUGCAUUGUAUCACAAGAGGCUCUCUUUGUUUCAACUGAAAACGCAGGAAUUGAGUUGCUGCAUCUUGGAGUGUUUAGUCAUGGAUGACUCUAGAGAACCUACUGAAUAGAUCUCAGCCCUGCAUCAUGGUUCAGCAAAGGAGCCACAAAUACUCGUCAGCCAUGGACAGCAAUUCUACCAGAAAGGUGUUUGUGGGACUGGCAGCAGAAGAUGAUGCUGAGGUGUUUGGACACGUACCCUCCAAUAAAGACCCUAACUGGUGCAAAACUCCUACUGGGCACAUCAAAAGACCAAUGAACGCUUUUAUGGUCUGGUCCCAGAUUGAGAGACGAAAGAUCAUGGAGCAGUGGCCAGACAUGCACAAUGCCGAGAUCUCAAAACGACUUGGAAAACGCUGGAAAUUACUGCCCGAUUAUGAGAAGAUCCCCUUCAUCAAAGAGGCAGAGAGGUUGCGGCUUAAGCACAUGGCUGACUAUCCUGACUACAAGUACCGUCCCAGGAAGAAGAGCAAGUGCUCCACCCCUGUGAAACUUGGGGAGAAGCUGCCCCUGAAAUCCAGCAAGUCCCAUUCAGGAAGGUCUACUGGGCUCUCCAGCAAAGGGCUAAAGAUAAAACCCACUUCUUCCAAGCAUAACUUCAGUGGCAAUAAAUACAAGAGCUACAGCGAGAGCAUGAGCGAUGACGACACAGUGGAUGUAAACAUAGAAAGUCCAGUGACGUUACAAGAUGAUCACAGCCAGACAAGUCACCUUGUCCUCCACAAGCAGGCUACUGUUCACUCUGAGAACCAGCAAGCAGUUCCUGAGCUCAGAGUGAAGGUGCCCAUCUCCCACACCAGCAGCAUUCAAAGCCUCUCCGACAGCGAGUGCCAGGCUCCACCAGAAUCCACGAUGAGUGAGCCACGAAGGUCAACGUCUGGAAGAUCUUCCACACCGAACUCCACCAGCUCCUCCUCUUUAGUGUCGUCAGUGUGUUCAGAUGAGGAACUGGAUGAGGAACUCUUGCAUAUUAUAUCUAACAGUAUGCCUAUGGACUGCUCCACUUUGGACAAGGACUUUGAAGCAUUUCAUGCCAACUCAGGAUCUCAUUUUGACUUCCCAGAUUACUGCACUCCAGAGUGUGUGGCGAGCAGGGCGGAGCCGAGCGGCGUCUGAGCAGAGCGAGGCCGGGAAGAUAAGUGGCGAAUGACUUCCAUCUGCGUACCACACCGGCCUUGCCUUCCAGCGAGAUGAGACGGGAGUAUUUAAGGAGAAGAGACAGUGGCAGACGGGAGAGAGAUAUAUUAAGCUUGUCCACGUGUUUAAUUGUUUUUAUAAUUUGACGCAGCUGGCUGAAAAGCAGUGCAUGUUUUUUUCUUUGUAUGCUGAAAAGUCAUUAAAUGGCCCAUCACAGUCUAAUUUGUCCCACCAGAGUUUCAUAAUGAACCGAAAAUAUUUUUACACUUCCAUAAUAACAUAAGUAUUCAUGUAAACACAGAGAGUGAUGUCAAAAGUAAACGUAAACAGCGGAGAAAAAAGCAGAUUUGUAUUAAAAUGUCGGACUUGUCAGUGUAAAUGUAAGCUAAUAGACUUGCUGCUGUCUAGUAUGUCAUUAUAAUAAUAAUAAUAAAAAAAACAGAAAAAGAAAAUGAUAAAACACUCACUGCUCUUGGCUGGGUCUUUAAAAAGACCAGAAGUAAUUUAAUGUUGCAUUUAAUUCUGAAUGUUUCCUUGAAUACUUGAAUACUGCUGUUAAAAACUUUUAAAGCUGUUAAAAAAGCACUGGAUUUUUUUAUUUAUUUUUUUAUUACUGACUGUUUACUAGUCUUGAAUAAAUACUUAAGAACUUGAAACCAUUCUUCGAUAAUUAACAAAUUAGUUAGUGUUAUUAUUUGUUGUGAUAUUGAGAAUUAUCAAAUUUCACGGCCGACUACUGAAAUUGUGGUAUUGUGAUAAUGUAUAGCCUUUACUGUACAUGGCAGACCUUGCUGCAAUAAUAUGAUGAAAAAAUAGAUCUCUUUCCAUAGAACUAUGACCAUCCCUGCUGUUAAUGGUGGUGAUGGAGGUUUUUCUUUAUUUGACUACCAUACGUAACAAAAUAAUUACCAUAUGACAAUAGCCUCCUCCCCUACCCAGUGCAAUUUCUGUUACAGAGAACUGAGUUGAUUGCACAGGUACACUAUUAGGUUGGGCAUCAGUCAUAAUUUUAGAAAAAUAUACAACAUAAACUUUGACAUGUUACUUGAGCAUGUAACUUAAAUGUCCUUUAUUCUCUCCGGACAAGUAACUUUUUUACUCGGACAAGUGAAUGACCAAUUUAAUUGUCCGGAGGACAAGAACAUAACAAUGCUUAAUGUCAAACCCUGGCUCAUAUAUAUGCUCUCGAUUUUGUGUUUUGACCAUUUGUGAACUGUGUUAAACUCCAUCUCGUUUACCAUGCUUUGUGGGUGUGACUUUUUUGCUGUGUCAUCACCAUUCAUAUCUAUACAAGCAAUGUGUUUAUGAUUAAAUUACUACUAGACCAUAAAAUUGUUUACAAGAGCACAAAGUUCUUCAUAGAUCUAGCCUCUUAAGUUUGCUCUCAAAAUGCAUCAGAUUGAUGCAUUUAACUUUAAAAUGUACAAAAUUAUCUUAUGGGGUCCAUGCCCCUGGACCCCCCUAGAGGGACUGAAGUCCACCCACCACAGUCUCACAAAACCCUGUGGGAAACACUGAUGUUAUAUGUAUGUUUCAGGAAGUAAUAAAGAAAAACGUGACAAAAAUAGACACUCCUGUUUAUUAUAUUUACAGUAUGUGUAUCAGUGGGAAUUUCAAACACUAAUACUCACUGCAGUUUGGCCUCUGAGUGAA